UGUUCACACAGACCCCGUAAACACGCUCCGGCAGUAGUACUCAGCCUCAUGGUGAAAAAUGUCUGGACUGCGUCGCGCAUCCCUCCUCAUCUAUAUGAAGGCUGCUGCUGCAGUCAUCACAGUUUCUUUGGCCUUCAACAUUGACACAACACAUACAGACAUCUAUCCUGGCAAAAAGUCAGAUUUCUUUGGAUACAAAGUGCUUCAGGUAAAGUCGACUGGGAGUAACGGGAUAAUCGUCACUGCACCUCUGCACCUUAAUGGAUCAGGAGGAAUAUUCAAAUAUGAUGAAAAUGAAAACAAAAAGGAGUUCACUCCUAAAGAGAAUGCUCAGACAAACUCAACAGUUCAACACCUUGGCCUUUCAAUAGCUGCAGACCCCACAAGAUCCAACUUGACUGUUUGCAGUCCAAGUCUUGUCCAUGAAUGUUAUCAGAACAUGUUCCUGAACAGUGUGUGUUAUAAAAUCACACAAGAACUUGAGCAAAUCUCCUCUUUUAAACCUGCUUUCCAAGAAUGCAGAAAAAAGACGGUGGAUCUCAUCUUUCUGUUUGAUGGAUCAAAGAGCAUGACCGAUGAGGAGUUUGGGAAAAAUAAAUUUUUUAUAGUGAACAUAAUGGAAAGCCUUAAAAACACAUCAAUCAAGUUUGCAGCAGCUCAGUUCUCCGAUAAAACAAGGAAAGUUUUUGACUUCAAUGACUUUAAGGCUGGUACUGCUUAUGAGAAACUUGAAAAGGAACCUCAUAUGUUAAGUCUCACCAACACUUACACAGCCCUCAAAUUUGUGUUGAAUGAACUGUUUGAAAACCCAGCUGCAGGCGCCUCUCCUGAUGCAACUAAAGUUCUGAUGAUAAUCACAGAUGGAGAUCCCAGUGAACCUGAAGAUAAAGCUAUUAUUGAACAAUAUAAUAAGAAAAACAUAAUUCGGUUUGUCAUUCUGGUUGAAAAACAAGGUCUACUGAGAAAUUUUGGAGGCAUCCCUUCGGAAAUUACUAACACGAGUGUCUUCAAAAUUGAGAGUUAUGAUAAACUCGCAGGAAUCCUGGAAACUUUUCAAGAACAGAUUUUUAAAAUAGAAGGGAACCAAGUGGCUAGGGCUGGAGAAAUGACUGCAGAAAUGUCCCAGAGUGGAUUCAGUGCUGCCUUCUACAAGGACAACUUGAUCCUGGGUUCUGUGGGAUCAAACAACUGGCGUGGCUCAAUUCAAGAACAUAAAAAUCAAACUGAAAAGGAGAUUUCUGAUUCAGAAAUGAAGACAGAUUCCUACAUGGGAUACUCGAUAUCUGUUGGAGAGAAGGAUGGUGUUCCUCUAUAUUUUUCGGGUGCACCACGAUUUAACCACACAGGACAGGUCAUAUUUUUCAAAGAGGAGACAUGGGAACUAGCCCAAAGACUUGAUGGCAGCCAGAUUGGUUCCUACUUUGGUGCAGAGCUGUGCUCCGUAGACGUCAACUCAGAUGGUAAUACUGACUUCCUGCUUGUUGGGGCUCCAAUGUUUUAUCAGCCCCAUGAAAAGAAAGAGGGAAGAAUCUACAUCUACACACUGACUGAUGAGAUGAGUUUGGAGAAUGAGUUUAGUGUGACAGCACCAUCCCUGGGUAGAUUUGGCACCACCAUAUCCAGCCUUGCAGAUCUGAAUGGAGAUGGACUCCGAGAUGUUGCCGUUGGAGCCCCUCUGGAGGAUGAUAACAGUGGAGCUGUGUACAUCUACCUUGGAGACAGAAAUACUGGAAUACACAGCACUUUCAGCCAGAGAAUCACUGGAGGAAAAAUUGAACCCUCGAUAAAAUUCUUUGGACAAGCCAUAGACGGACAUAUCGACCUUUCCGAUGAUGGGCUCCCGGAUAUUGUGGUUGGAUCACAGGGUGCUGCUGUUGUCUUAAGGUCCAAGUCUAUCUUUAAUGUCAUGGCUCACCUGUUGUUUUAUCCUAAAGAGAUAAGCAUUGAAAAAAUCGACUGCCUGUUCAGCAAAGCUGAAAAUUUACCCAUGAUUAGCUUAACAGUCUGCUUUGAAAUGGAAGAAACAACAAAAAGUAAACAAGGGGCAGCAAAAUCUGGAAUGAACAUCUCAUACACGCUCAGCGUGGACCCAAUAAGAAAAAUCCACAGAGGUUUCUUCAGUCCAACUGAUGAGAAAGCCAGGACUUUAACAUCUUCCUACAAACUGACCGAUAAAGAAACAUGCUUUAACUAUUCCAUCUUCAUGCCACAUUGCGUGAAAGACACAUUAUCCGCUGUCAACAUCAUGUUAAAUUUUUCCCAAAAUGACAGUGAGAACGCGAAUGUCAUCCUGAACCCAGACAGCAAAAGACAAGCUGUUGUUGAGGUUCCCUUUGAAAAAUACUGUAGAAAUAAAGACAUUUGCGUUGCUGACCUCGAUGUGGAUUUCAAUUUCACGUCUGCGACAGUACUGGUGACUGAAGCCAAUUACUUCAAUGUUUCCAUAGAAGUGACCAAUCAUGGCGAUGACUCGUACAACACCAGCCUGACAAUGCACUAUCCUCCAGGCCUCUCCUACUCGAUGAUGAGUCUUACAGAGGCCACGAGACCAACGCUCCCCAGCUGCCGCGACCUAGAGGGAGUGCUCGACAAAACCGUGUGUGGCAUCAGCCUUCCUGUGUAUCGGAGCAGAUCUUUUGCAAAAUUUAAAGCUUCCUUUCAAAUCUUGAAUGAUUUCAAGUGGAACGACACAAUGACCAUGACCAUUGUUGCACAAAGUGACAAUUCAAAUGUCAGCAGCAGCAAUUCCCUCACCAAAACUAUCCCGGUACAAUUUGAAAUCAAAAUGGCAAUAACAAUAAAAGAAGAGACUGUUACGUAUUUAAACUUCACAGAAGAAGAUACUGCACCCAAAAAAAUUGUCAUCAUAUAUAAGAUAAAUAAUCCUGGUUUUAAGGGUUUUCCUGUCAACGUGUCCCUGAUCUUCCCAACGAAACUGGAAGAUAUUUUUGUACUGACCAACUAUAGGGUUCAUGUUGAUCAGAACAUAACUCAGUGUUCAGGGACUUCUGAAAUGAAAUCUGAGUACUGGUCACCAGAAGAGGACUACAAAGCCAUCAACUGUGACAUUUUCAAUCUGGAAAAAUAUUCAUUUAUCGAGUUUAGGUUGGUGGGAGAUGUACAAUAUAAAGACCUCAAACAGCAUGUAAAGAAUAUUGCCCUUCCCAAACGAUAUACUGGAGACAGCAAAGAGGUUAAAUUUAGGAGCCUUAUACGUGUUGACUAUGACACCAACCGAUAUGUGCUGGCUACUCAUAAACAUGAGCAACCUGAGCUGCAGAAAGACAACGAUCCAACAAUGAAAUGGGUUGAAGCUCGAAUAGAGUUGAUAAUCCUUCCAGAUAUGCUACUAAUCAUUUUGACUGGAGGUGGAUUGGGCUUGUUGCUUCUGUUCAUAAUCGCACUCAUCAUGCUUAAACUGGGUUGCUUCAAGAGAAAGACACAGCAGGAUUUUGAGGUGAUGGAAGACAGAAACUCUACAGAGCAAUGUCAACCUUCAGAGAAAGAAAAGCUUGUUGGUGUUGACCAGAAAGAAAGUGAUCAAGACCCCCCCCCCAAAAGAACCGAGGAGACUAAUGGUCACAAAGAUGUUUCCCAAAAUCCCAGUUAAACCUUUAGAACCUGUUGAAUCUGUUAAACCUGUUAAUUAUUAGAGGGAGUUUUAUGGAAGCACCGUACAACUGAGUAACAACUUGAAAAUAAAUACUGAAAUGAAAAAAAAUAUCUCAUUAUGAAAAAGUUGAGAAAGGCAGAUUUUAAAGGUUGUUUAGAAUAAGCCAGGGUCCAGACACCCUCGGAGGAAACUCAUUUUGAUCACUUGUAUUCACAAUCUCGUUCUUUCGGUUUCUAACCACUGAUCGUUACCAUAGGUGAGCGUAGGACCAUAGAUCGAUCUGUAAAUCAAGAUCUUUGCCUUUAAGCUGCAUCACUGCAGACGCUGCACCAAUGCACCUAUCAAUCAUCCACUCCAACCUUCCCUCACUCGUGAAGAAGACCCUGAGAUACUUGAACUCAUUCACUUGGGGCAGGGCCUCAUUCCCAAUCUGAAGAGGACAGUCCACUCUUUUCCACCUGAGGACCAUAGUCUCGUAUUUUCAUCCUGUGCCCCAUCUUCAGGCCUGGCUCCAGAGGGAGGGCCUGGCGACCCUCGUCUGGGCAAGGGAUACUUGGCUCCAUUUUUGAUUUUCUUCUUGGAGGUCUGGUUGUUUUGUAGUUGUUUAUUUGUAGCAGAAUGUUGCUUUUUUUUUUAUAACAGAAUCUUGUAAAGGUCUGUGUAUUAUAAUGUAUAUUUGUUUAAAAUGAAGGGGGGGAUCUGUCCGAAUGUUUAACUUGAACUGCACAUAUCUACAUUGUUUUUAAUCAAAGUGUUUAAAUGUCUUAUGAAGCAUUAUAUAUUAUAGUUCAAUAUGAUUUUUUUAUGAUCCUCCAAAACGAUGUGCCCAUGCAUGAUGUCACAGGAAAGAAAGCGCUUUUUUUUUUUUUUUUAACUAUCCCACAUUUUAUUAUAUUUUAUUUUAUUUUGAUUUUACUAAUCAGCAAUUAAGUUUGGACAUGUAGUAGUGUCCAUAUUUUUACUACUACCAUAUGUCAUUGGGAUUUUCUAGAUUUUGAGAUGUGAAGAACUUAUUUAAUGUAAUGAAGUGACCUGCCCUUAUACAUACUAUUAUCUGUAUUUCUUGAACCUAAAUAAAUACAUAUAACAAAUAUUUAAUAA